UUGAAAGCUGACGUCAUCACAGUACAGAAAAGCUCGCAGUUCAGCAUGGCCGACUUCGAUAUGAUCACGUAUGAAGAUGAUGAGGAAAAUAGCAAUUAUCCUGAUGAUGCAGCAUUAAACAUGGUACCUGAUCCGAUUUUCAUCAGAGGGACAGGGCAUAUAACUAUAUUUGGGUUGAGCAAUAAAUUUGAGACAGAAUUCCCACAAGAGCUUGCAGCUAAGGUUGCUCCUGAAGAGUACAAGUCCUCGAUCACAAAAAUGAACAGUAUACUACAUAAAACUAUGUCUAUGAACCUCAAAUGGUUAAUAUGUGGAUGCUUAUGCUGUUGUUGUACUUUAGGCUGUUCUGUUUGGCCAGUUCUGUGGCUAACAAAACGGACGAGGCACAUGAUCGAGAAGUCAUUAGAUUGGGAAAACAGCAGAUUGUACUACAAACUUGGUCUCCAUUGGACGUUAUGUAAAGAGCAGUGUGAAUCAAGUAACAUGAAAGAAUAUGUUCUCAAGAUAGAAUUUGUUCCAAGGCUGAAUAUACUCAAACCAGACUGAUACAAUGAACGCAAGAAACCGAUUGAAAGUAAUCUUAUUUAAUUACCCUUGACAGUAGCUGACACUAAAGAUAUCAUUAUGAAAUUAUGUAAAGUAAAUAGUAUGUAUAUAUGAAAUACAAGUACAUAGAUCAUAUGAAAUCCAUGUGUAAAUGUGUCAGUAUUAUUUGCCAAAUAAGUUUUAUUUGGUCAUUUGUUUGUCCUUUUUUUAAGAAAAAAAUAUUAUUGCUGCAAUGCUGUAUUUAAUAUCCCAAUUGUAGUACAUUUAUUUGUCCAAUGCACAAUUGGUAAUGAGAUGAGGUGUAUAUUUUACAAGUAACCUACUGAAUGUUGCAUGUUAUUUGAUGACAUGCAUAUUAUAACAUUUGUUUAAAUGUUGUUAUAAUAAACUAAUAUGAUAUCAUGGGUUAUAUCCAAUUUGAGAUUAAUUAGCAAUCAUAUCUUUACAUCAUUUUAUGAGUAAUCGAUAAAUGUUUGAUGUAUAUAUGCUCAUUUGCUUACAUGAAGAAUGGGAAAAAAGGGUUUUAUGUUAUGGUAUAACAAUGAUUGAGAGUGUGCGUCACAAUGUGAAACCUUUCUCAGCAGGUGUUAUAUUUGAAUUGAAGGGAGGAAUCCUAAUUCUAUUUUCAUCUACUCUAUACUAUACCCUCAAUAUAUUUGAUACAUCCCAACAUCCAAGGUGUGUGAAUGAAUUACAUGUGUACAAAAAUAUUCAUGGAUGUAUAUAUUUGUAUUUCCAAUAUUCAUAUACAUGUAGCCAUAUACCAUCAAAAUCAAUACUAUUGAUGAACUAGUUGUAUCUUUAAUUGCAAACAAUUGUAUGAAUCAAAAUAUUAUUCAUAGAUAGAAAUCCCUUUCACAUGUGUUUUAUCACGGACAUAUAUCUUAGUCUUAAUCCGCUCCUCUUGCGAUUUUGUCUAAAUCAGUUCGAUUGUGAUUCCUUUUGUUGCAGAAAGUUACUAAUGAAAAGAAAUUACAAUAUGCUUUUCAAAUUACCAAAACGUAUUUAACACAAGACAUUUGAUUAUGAAUGUUAUAUGAUUUCCGUCCCAAUUGUGUGUGAUAUAUCCUUUCCCCUUUAUAAACUAAUCCAAGAGACCAAACUGCCUAAGCCUCAUUCACAUUUGAUGGGAUAAACUUCCUCAGAAAACAUAACAAUUUUGCAUGUCAGUGUAACAAUGGCCUCUAAGCGUACUCGGCCGUAUGUUGUAAGGUACAGAAAUGUCAAGCGUACUAUGCUUACAUAGAAAACUUUCAGUGGUUGGGUAGAUCAUAAUCUGUAAUUUAGGCUUCUACCAACUUUAACAUUUAGUAGGCGAGCUUUCAUUUCACCUAUUUGGACUCUCUCAAGCCAAGUGCUUCUUCACAUAGUUUCUUGCUAUCAGUCUGAGUCCUAUUUAGUGCAAGGUUGAUCUUUAGAUCUGCAUGGAUGUUUAAGGAGUUUUUUUUCUUCUUUACAUUCAUCAUGUAUGAAGUUGAACGAGGCCUUAUUGUCGUUAAUACCAGUGAAUGUAAUGUUCAUAGGUCUUGGCUAAGGUGCCUCAAAAAUGUUAUUUUAAUGACAAGGGACUUUAUUUUUAAAAGGAAAUGAUUUACUCAGACUUCUUUUUCACCUUAUCUUGGUAUAUUGUUGAUAAGAACAUUAUGUACAAUUUAGAAUUGAUCCUAGGAAUUACAGACUUUUAUUCUUCCCUUCUCUACCUCUGCUAGUUAAAGACAUUUACUUACAAAAUUGAAAUGCAAUGUGUUAAGAAUUAGAUUUAUGCUUGUGUGUACUGGAUAAUACUGAAAUGUGCCAGGGAGGGGGGGGGGGUAGUUUAAUUGACCUAACGUCCAGGUUUCCGUAGUGUUGAAUUUGUUAGCACUGUAUGUGAAAAGAUUCUAAAUGACAAAAAUUCAUGUAAAAUAUUGCUUCCAUAGUAUGUAAUUGACUUGAGACUGCAAGUUGCGUGUAUCUCGUAAAGUGAGUUGGAAUUUUCAUGAUUAUAUAUUUCAAUUUUGUCAUAUUAGCUAUCCCUUGUCUCAUUUCUUCCAUUUAAAUGUAGACCUAGGUCUUUAACAGUCUGUGAUAAUAACUGUUUAAUUGUGAAAGAGAAUACCCUGAAAUUGUAUAACUCAGAUCUGCCAAUUGAGCAAACUGGUCAAUUUUGUGUCAAAAUCUCAUUCUGGCAUAGAAUUAAAGACCGAUGUAUAAGUAAUGGCAAAUUGUAAUAGACCGGUAAUUUCCAGAUCUAAUGAUCUUGAUGAUGACCCUCAUUUUGUAGGCAUGUAGGGUAUCAUGGUUUAGACUUUUUCUUUUCAUUUUCUGUCAAAUCAUGACAAUUGGUAAUUAAACCCACUCUUAGCUGGACCUCACGGCCAUGAUGGAUGCUCGCAGUAUUUUAUUUCUUGAAAAACAUAGAUGAGUUAACCAUUUAUGUACUUUUGAACAUUUUAUAAGGGAUGGUGUAAUUUUCUCUCAUGUUCUAUGACAUUGGAGAAAAUCUCUUCUCCUCAGUUAUCUACCCCCUCUGAAAUUAACAAAAUAUACCGGUAACUUUCAAAUACUAGCUAUGUACAUGUAUGGGAGAGGGGUUCAUUGAAAUGGUGGAAGUUACCGUUAUCUAUAAACAGUCAUGUGUCCUAGAGGGUUAUGAUGUCCUGGCUUUGGGGUAGUUGUGUGAGAGAAUUGUUUCAUGAGUAUUUAAAUGCUGAAGGGUAGUGGACUAGUGGUACUAGUUGUUUUCUGCAGUAUACCAUUUGAGGGGGUAGUAGCUAGUCCUAAAAUCCUCAAAAACGUUCUGUUUUUCAGAGUCAUUUAUCAGGUUACAAUUUGGAACAGAAUAAUUAUCUUUGAUUCAAGGGGAAAGAUAGGAAAUAAUGAAAACUGUACUUAUCGAAAGAUGAAGGAUUUGUCCUUGGUUAUAUCAGGCCAAACUGUUUGAAUUUAUUUCUCAAACAUUUAUGAAAGGAGAUGCACUUGUAAAAGCUUGGUGUUUAUUAUACAUACCAUACAUACCAAAUGCAAAGUCUAUACAUGUAUUAUACCAACAUUGAAUAUACACCUAUGCCUACAAUAACUAAUGGUUUUCAAACUUGCAAGAUAUUCAAUUUCAAAGUGAAGAUACAUGUAAUUAUACUUUGACUUAUCUUGAGAUUGUUAUCUGUGGUUUGUUGAGCAUGGUGAGCGUCUCUAAAAAGGUGUGUGGCUGGAAUGCUCCCCAGGGAGCGGAGAUGGCAAGGGUACAUACAUUGUGGGUGGCCAAGCCUGAAUGUGAUGACCAGGGUAAGAAUAUUCCUGAGAAGCUUUGAAGAGACCUCAUAGAUGAUUAAGCAACUAUGUAAUUAAAAUAUGUUGAGUACAGUCUAAGUGACACCAGGGUAAUUUUACAUGUAGGUCCAUGGUUAUUUCUUGUAAAGAUGCUAUGCUAUGCAAAAGGUACAUGUAUUUGUAAUUUUAGCCUUUUUCGUCUUGGGAAAUAGUUUUGUGUUAUGUAGAUAUUGCUGUUGUACUGUUAACAGAGAGAUAAUGGGAUCUUUUCCUUUCAUUCUAAUCCAUCAUUUCAUUCUUUUGGUACUCUGUAAUUUGAUUUAGAAUGAAAUUAUAAUAAUUAUUAGAGAAUACAGUUUUGUUCUUUAGAUACCUGAAUAUAUUUGAAAAAAAGAUAUGCAUUAUCUUCUUAUUGGCAGUUACUAGUCAAAUGCAAAAUAUUCAUUUUCCCACAGCAUUAUGUUAUGUAAAUGCAUACAGUUUCAAUCAAGAUAAAUCAUAGUGUGAGAAAGAAUAUAUAUCUUUGUAAAACAAUGAUGCUAAUAAUGCACAAAACUAAUGCCAAUUUGAGAGGACAUAAUGACCUCACAAGAAAAUUGUAUGAUUGGUGGUUAUGAUCUGCAUGAUAACCUCAUUGAAUACAGAGUGGUUUAAAGAGCAAAAAAAAAAAAUAUGAUAUCUAAUGGCAUGUUCUGCUUAUGAUAGAACCAAAGGAGAAGUACCUGUGAAUUAUUUUUAAUUAUAGUUUUAUGGCAUCUUAUGAUAAACUAAUGCAAUUUAGAAAAAAUCAUGGUUUGCAUACGUUGUUACUUAAUGAAGAAAAGAAAUGUUAAGAUACAAUUUGUGUUACAGUCAACACUAUUUUACUAAAAUUUGCAAUUAUACAGUGUAUGUUUGGCUCAGAACACUAUUUUAGAUCAUAACAAUAGUAAUCUUUACAUCUACUUUGAAAUCUUUUGUAAAUUGACAUACCUGGUAUAUUUAAAAAAAUAUAUAAUUGGUAUAUUAUUAUGUUUCAAAAUUAGAAUGAUGAGUCAUAGUGACCUACACUUAUUCCCCUAUUCUGAAAGGUUAAACAAAUUAUGUUUGAAAUGUUUUAUAGAAUAAUUAUGAAGAGAUAGGGUUAGUAGCAAGCUGAUGCAAAUACCCAUCUUUAUUACUAAACUCAAGAAUUGUGCUUACUCUUUGUUUCAAGAAGCAAUAGUCGACAUAUUUUGUUUCCAAUUAUUUUCAACCUUGACUUUUGUUAUUGUCUUACAUGUAUAUAGUUAUAUGGGUUUAUUAUAGGUAAAUGAUUAUGAUUAGACCUCAUGAAAACCCUGAAUAUUUAUAUGAAAUAGAAAUAAAAAUCAUGUGUUCUAAUCUCCCCCAAGAAAUAUGAAUACAGGUUCAUUGAUAUACAAUUUAUGUACAUGCAGUUAUGUUUGUGCGCAUCUAUAGCUUCAUGCAGUAACACCAAUAAACAGCAGAUACAAUGUUA